UGGGAUUAUAUUGGCGGACGGAGUCAGCUGUAAGUUGGACGUUUCAUUUAUUCCCAAUUUAUCACACCAUAUACUACAAUAUAAAGUCAAAGCACAGCCCUGGAAGAAGACAGUCAGAAAGAUAGGCGAAAGAUAAACAGUUUAUAGGAACGAAAAGCACAAUUAUAUAAAGCGUAAAGAUCUUAGUAAAUAAGCGAGCUAAGAGAAGCGUGCGCUCCGCGUCGUAGUUCAGUCUGGACUGGAUUGGUAUUUAUUGGUAGACGGAGCGGCUGCGCGCGCGCAUCUGUGGUUGGCUGGCUGCGAGCCGAAGACCAAACAGUUUUGUCGCUACACGAGAGAGUAGUGCUGGGACCCCGUUAUUCCAUCAGUUUGGACUCCCCGAGCACGUGGCAGCUGCGGAUAAAGCCGCUUAGGGCGGAGGAUAGAGGCUGCUACAUGUGCCAGAUCAACACGCAGCCCAGCAUGAAGUGGCAGAUUGGCUGUAUUGACGUUUACGUUCCUCCGGAUAUAAUAAACGACGAGACAUCCACGGACGUGUCAGCGCAGGAGUUGGACAACGUGACCCUGUCGUGUAAGGCGACCGGUCAUCCGCCACCCAAAAUCACGUGGAGGCGGGAAGACCACGAACAGAUGCUGCUGAAGAAAAUCGGCGGCAGGGACUUUUAUAAAGUGGAGAGCUACGUCGGCAGCUCGUUACCGCUGUGGCGCGUGGACCGGCGGCAGAUGGGAGCGUUCCUCUGCAUCGCGUCCAACGACGUCCCGCCUGCUGUCAGCAAGCGGAUCAUACUCAAUGUCAACUUUCCUCCAACAGUCAUAGUGCCAAAUCAGCUUCUUGGGGCUCCACUGGGGACAGAUGUGGUGCUCGAGUGUACAGUCGAGGCAUAUCCUAAUACUAUCAACUAUUGGCUUAAAAACAGAGGUGAAAUGCUGUUAGAUGGGCCAAAAUACACCAUUACAGAAGAAAGGUCGUCAUAUAAGGAUCUAAUGAAGCUGACCAUUAGGCAGUUUUCCAAAACUGACAUCGGAACGUACAACUGUGUCAGCACUAAUUCCCUCGGGAAAAGCGAGGGGACACUCAGACUUUAUGAAAUCAAGCUGUACCCGAGUUCGCAGUCGGCCGCAGAAGUGAAUAUAGGCGGUCUAACUGAGGGUGCAGUGAAACAAAAAUCAGCUUACAGCAAAUCAAACAAACCAAUUCCAAUAUUAGCUUUAAUCGAAUGGCUUAUUAUAACAGUGUUAAAUCUGCGAUGAAAUUCUUUAUAUUAAGUGUAACGCAAAUAGUUU